AUUUAUCGUAAUGUUUGAUGGUUUGGUUUUAAAGUUGUCAAGCAACAAGACCGUCAGGAGGAUUAGGGUUCGUGGUGGAAAUGUGAAGUGGCGUGCUCUGAGGCUCGACACCGGAAACUAUUCUUGGGGAAGUGAGGCCGUGACUCGUAAAACCAGAAUUUUGGAUGUGGUGUACAAUGCAUCUAACAAUGAGCUUGUUCGUACUCAAACUCUGGUGAAGAGUACUAUUGUUCAAGUUGAUGCUGCUCCAUUCAAGCAAUGGUAUCUCCAGCACUAUAAUAUCGACAUCGGUAAAUCAGCUGCAGCAGCAGGCAAGAAGGAAUCAGAGGUAGUAGGAAUUUUUAUUUUCUUUUUCAAUUGGAUAUUAUUGCUUCAAUCAUAGAGUGGUUCAUAUGUU